AUCGAAAGACAACUGAUGAAACACAGAGGAAGCUGGUAUAACGAGAUAGUAAGUGCAGCUUUCCAGCUACCGUACCCAGCCACCUCUCUAGCUGUGCUGGUCAUUAGCACUCCACCGAUGUUCACGCAUCUGUUCCUGCCUUGGCUGAAGGAACAAACGCAAAAGUUCCAAUACGACGCCGACACUUGCGUGGUUUUGCAUGACUACGACAUAAUGCCGAACCGUCGACCAAAAGCCGUUAUGGGGGUAGCGGGUUACGUCGCAGGAGCUUCCAGCUACUACCAGCGGAGUGACCUCACUGUCGACCCAUGGAACAAAACAACGAACAUCGCCGCUCUCAGCCUUCAUCCAAAGUACGGCGGCUGGUUCGCGUUUCGCGGAGUUUUGAUCUUCCCCUUGAUUGACGCCAGUCAGUUGGAGCGCAAAGAGGCGGUUAGGAAACUGACGUCAGAGGAGGCGAUUGUUUGGGCCCUCGAGCGGUUCAAUUUCAAAUGGAAGGACGCCACGUAUAGAGAUUCGUAUCCGGUGGCCGAAAAAUACGACUCGAAGCAGCGCGAGUACUUUACUACAAGGCCCAGCGAGCGCAUAAGCUUGCUGAGUAAAUGGCUAACAGAAAUGAGCGGGGGCAACGACGAUGCUAUCGACAGCGUAAUGGCCGAAGGAUUACAGAGUUAG